GUGGACCUCCUGGCCCUCGAGAACUUCCUCCGGACCACGCCGUGGGUAGUGAGGCCUUGCCGGAAAGCUCCUGCCUAGGGUGCCCUCGCUGCCUGCCAACCCUGACCAGUGUCGCCAUGCCUCGGCGCCAGAAAAACAAGGCCCGUGUCCGGGAGAAACGCCACCAGGGCCGCGGUGAGGCUCAGGGUGUCGGGGGUGCUCCUGCUGCUGUAGUGGCAGCAGCAGAGGAGGAGCCCCCCCGCGCUCCCCCGGGCUCCCCAGAGGAGGCGGGUCCAUCUUCACCAUCCGAAGGUGGACCCGCCCCUGGGUCUCCUGGCGCAGGGUCCCCAGGCCUGCCAGGCAGCCAGGGCGCCGAGAACCCGGCCGCGGCCGCGGCCGCGGCUGCGGUCCCGGCCGCCCCUCUGGCCAUUCGCAAAACACCCCUGAUCCGCAAGGCUAGCAUGCUGGUGCAGUUCCUGCUGGAGAAGCACAGCUCCGGGGAGCCCCUGAUGCGCGCGGCGCUGCUGAAGAUCAUCGGCAGGAAAUACCGCGAGCACUUCCCCGAGAUCUUCAGGCUCACCUCCCAGCGCAUGGAGCUGGUCUUCGGCCUGGAGGUCCGGGAGGCCGACGACCGCGGCCAGUCCUACACGCUGGUCAGCAAGCUGGCCCAACCGGGCGAGGGCACCCUGGGCGGCGGCAGCAAGGGGCUGCCCAAGUCCGGCCUCCUGAUGGCGCUCCUGGGCGUGAUCUUCAUGAAGGGCAACCGCGCCAGCGAGGAGGAGGUCUGGGAGUUCCUCAACGUGCUGGGCGUGCAGGAGGGCAAGAGGCACCUGGUCUUCGGUGAGCCGCGCAAGCUCAUCACCCGAGACCUGGUGCGCCAGGGCUACCUGGAGUACCGCCCCGUGCCCUCCAGCGACCCUCUGCGCCACGAGUUCCUGUGGGGCCCGAAGGCCCGCGCGGAGACCAGCAAGAUGCAGGUGCUGCAGGUCCUGGCCAAGAUCAACGACACGGUGCCCAGCUCUUACCCCCAGCUGUACGAGGAGGCUCUGCUAGACGAGGAGGAGCGCGUGGGGGCCAGACCCCAGGCCAGGGGGGCUGCCACGAAGGGGGCCCGUAGCAGGCGCCGCGUCUAGUCAGGCAGUCGGGGCGGCUGCUUUUCCCUGGGGUGGAAGAGGGCACCUUUCCAGUAGUGCAGAGCCCUAGGGAUCGGAGGGAAAAAAAGCAUAGAUGUUCCUCCUGUUUGUUCUAAACUGUUAGCUUCUAUAAGCAUAUAUAGUUAUACUUAUUUAGGUGUUCUCAAUUUUUUUUUCUUAUAAUAGUUCAUUUAGCUCUAGAAUAUAAACUUAAGAAUGGCAUGGAUCUCAUUUAUUGCUGUCUCACAAGGGAGAGUUAUAGGUUUGGUAUAUGAAAAAGAAAGUCACAAACCAUCUAUACUAUAUGUAUGAUCCAAAAGCAGAUAACAAGGGCAUUGCUUUUUUUUUUUUUUCCUGUUGCACAUAAGUAAUCUGUAGGUCUAUUUUUUCUUUAAGUGUUCAAAUGUUCAUUUUAAUUGAAUAUUUUGCAUCUGAAUCUAAGUUUAUUAAUGCCAUGGAUAACACAUGUAUUACUAUUCAGGUUUAAAAGUAAGAUUUUUGUUUUUGUAAACAAGCUGAAAAACCUAUAGUAUUUUCUUUCUGCUACAGAGCAAGGUAACAUGUUACUGGAAUUGGGUUUUUCAUGGGAAUGUGAAAGAACAUCAUAAGAAAAUACUUGGGAUCAAAAAUUGGUGACACAUAAGUAACCAUUCUCUUUGUCUUUACUUUUAAAGUUAAAUAAUAUAUACCUGGAUAUGCAUAGCUAAUUCAAAAAGUGUGAGAAAUUAAAUCAAAUAAAUUAAA